ACCACGCCUCCUUCCUUUCACAUCUCCGUGUGUCUAUAUCAAGGGACCGGCUAUGAGAGAGCCCACUUGUGUGGCUGACAGAGGGGGAGUUGAGUCAGAGGUGGUCUGUCGAGGACCGAACAGGUGACGGAUCUUUGUUUCCCAGAGUUUGAAGGCUUCUGUAGUGUCGGUGUUCAUCAGGAAGGAUUUAGAGGUGGGCAUCAGUGAGGGUGACAAAAAACUGAGACCUUACUAUCUAGUGUGGAAGGUGGAGCACUGGUUAAGGUCAUGGCAGUAGGGUGGAGACCGGCCACCCUUCUCCUAGUCUUCAUCCUGACGUUCAUCUGUCACUCGGAUGGAUCCACGUACCUCUCAGGCCAAAGACAGAGGUCUCGUCUUCAGAGAGAUCGGCGAAACGUUCGUCCAAACAUGAUUCUCAUUCUUACUGAUGACCAGGACAUUGAACUUGGCUCCAUGCAGGCCAUGAACAAAACAAAGCGCAUAAUGAUGCAAGGCGGCACCCAUUUCUCCAAUGCGUUUGCAACCACUCCGAUGUGCUGCCCGUCUCGAUCCACCAUCCUGACUGGGAAAUACGUGCACAACCACCACACGUACACCAACAACGAAAACUGCUCAUCGCCGUCCUGGCAGGCCCAUCACGAACCACACACGUUUGCCGUGCACCUCAACAAUUCAGGCUACAGGACGGCGUUCUUUGGGAAGUAUCUGAAUGAGUACAAUGGCUCUUAUGUUCCUCCUGGCUGGAGAGAAUGGGUAGCACUGGUCAAGAACUCUCGUUUCUACAACUACACACUGUGCAGGAAUGGAAUCAGAGAAAAGCAUGGCUCACAGUACCCGAAGGACUAUCUCACUGACGUAAUCACAAACGACAGCAUCAACUACUUCCGUAUGUCAAAGAGGAUGUACCCGCACAGACCUGUGAUGAUGGUCCUGAGCCACGCUGCCCCUCAUGGACCGGAGGACGCAGCACCUCAAUACAGCAGCGCUUUCCCCAAUGCAUCUCAACACAUAACACCAAGCUACAACCACGCACCCAACCUAGAUAAGCACUGGAUCCUGCGUUACACGGGACCCAUGAAGCCUGUACACAUGCAGUUCACCAAUAUGCUGCAGAGACGAAGACUGCAGACCCUACUUUCAGUGGAUGACAGCGUCGAGAAGGUCUACAAUAUGUUGGUGGAAACUGGGGAGCUGGACAACACCUACAUCAUUUACAUGUCUGAUCAUGGCUAUCACAUUGGUCAGUUUGGGUUGGUCAAAGGCAAAUCAAUGCCAUAUGAAUUUGACAUCCGAAUCCCCUUCUACUUGCGAGGGCCCAAUGUGGAAGCUGGUGCCAUUAAUCCUCACAUAGUUCUGAACAUUGACCUUGCUCCUACAUUGCUGGAUAUGGCUGGAAUUGAUAUUCCACCGGACAUGGAUGGCAAGUCCAUUCUCAAGCUGUUAGAAACAGAAAGACCAGUCAACAGUUUCACCAGGUUUCAUUCGUACAAGAAGGCGAAAGUGUGGCGGGAUUCAUUCCUGGUAGAAAGAGGGAAGCCUCUGCAUAAACUAGCAGAUGGCAAAGAGGUGGAACAGAAUUCGCUGCCAAAGUAUCAGCGGGUCAGAGAUCUGUGUCAAAGAGCCGAGUACCAGACGCCCUGCGAGCAGCCAGGCCAGAAGUGGCAGUGUAUUGAGGAUGGCACUGGCAUGCCGAGGCUGUAUAAGUGUAAGGGUAUGGCGGGUCUCUAUGCACCUCGAGCUCUCGGCCUGAUGGCUGCCAACAGAGGACAGAUCAAUGGAGCUCACUCUGGAUCAGACUACUGUGAUUGUGAAUCCGCAGCACCUCUCAAGAGGAAGAAAGCACUCACUAAGAAAAAACUGAAGAACAAAAAAAGUGUACCACGAAAUCGAUGGGCCCGCUCUGUCCCCUAUCACUUGGACUCAAAUGUGUACACUUUGGACCUGGAGAAGGGCUACCGGCCUCUCAACCUCAACACCAGCCUCAUGCUAGGCAGAAAGCAGGCGGUGUAUGGACAGAAUGAAGAAUAUAGCGGCAUGGGGCCCACAGAAGACAACUUCAACUCCCUCACGCCACCUGCUGCUCUUAAAGUCACCUACAGAUGCUCAAUACUAAUGAACGACACAGUUAGAUGUGAUGGUGGAUUAUAUAAAUCUCUACAAGCAUGGAAAGAUCACAAACUACACAUUGAGCAUGAGAUUGAGACACUGCAAACCAAAAUAAAGAACCUCCGAGAGGUUAAAGGACAUCUAAAACAGGUUCGACCGAAGGAGUGUGAAUGCAACCAAAACAUGUAUCAGUACAGCAGCAGAGCACUAUUUAAACUCAAAUCAGCCCAGACACUUUCUGUCAAAAUGACCUCCAAAGAUAAGAAACAGUGGCUGAUGAAAGAGCAGAAGCGCAGGAAGAAGCUGAGGAAACUCCUGAAGCGUCUGCGUAAUAAUGACACUUGCAGCAUGCCUGGCCUCACCUGCUUCACUCACGACAACCAGCACUGGCAGACCGCCCCCUUCUGGACAAUGGGGCCUUUUUGCGCUUGCACAAGUGCAAAUAAUAACACUUACUGGUGUCUGAGGACUAUCAAUGAGACACACAACUUCCUGUUCUGUGAGUUUGCCACUGGAUUCCUGGAGUAUUUUGACCUUAACACAGAUCCUUAUCAGCUGAUUAAUGGAGUGAGCACACUGGAUCGUGAUGCGGUGAAUCACAUGCACCAGCAGCUCAUGAAACUGCGCAGCUGCAAAGGUCACAAGGAGUGCAAUCAGGAGACAGGUGGUAAAGAGAGAAACACAUUGUACGAUUACAGGCCCCUUCAUCGUCGAAAGAGGCCAAAAGUGAAGAAAGCAUCCUCCAAAUCAAUGGGCCAGAUUUGGGAAGGAUGGGUAGGUUAGACUGGUCUCUGCUAUCCGCUGUGAAGGAUGUGCAGAGGUGAGGAAUGUGAACCGAUGAACUCCUGACCCGAGGACAGCAUAAACUCUUCAAACGUCCAGCUAUAAUCAAGUGUGGAUCAGCACGGUCAUCUCAUUUUCUCUCAAAAUCAAACCUUUUCUAGUCACAUUUUUUUGACCCACUACUUUAUUCGUGAACUUUUUAAUGACCUUUUCUCUCAUGGAUUUUUUUUUAAUGAAUGGGCCUUUUUUUUAAAUGGGCCACUCUCUAUUCGACCAAGCACCUAACAUUUUGUGGCUAAGAUUGAUCAACUUCACGACUCUCACAAGACAAGAACACUCAUAUGGCUCAUCAUCAGACUUUUUCCUUUAUUAUUCCUGUAAGACUGUGAUGUGGGACUCUGAUACUGUGUUACAAACAGGGCUGCUCUGUGCCCUGACCUCUCUGCUGCUGUGGAUACUGUAAUAUUACUCUCAAAGUGAAUAUUCCAAGGAAACGUCAUGAUACUUUACACACAUUGUGCUGUAGUGUAUGAUGUUAGUGUCAUCUGCAACAACAGUAUUUGAUUCUGUUCAUGUUGCUUUCUGAAACAUGGUGCUACUGUAAGGUAACAGUUGGAACUGAAUGCUGCAUAGUAUGUAUUUUGAAUGUAUGUGCAAUUAAUGUAAAUAUUACUGUAUUUUUGCCAGGCUGAACAAACGGGAGUAAGGAGAGCGGUCUCAGAAAUACCCUCAGUCUAACAAAGGUUUGACGUUUAUCUGAAUGCACUUAUGAGUAACAUACUAAACAGUGUUUGAGUAAUGACGUGUUAUUAAUAGUUAUGAAAUUUCGGAUAUCUGUGUAGUUGUCAUCACAAGCCAGUUCUGUCAUUUUUGCUGUUUUCCUUUGCCUUGAAAUGUGGAAAACAAUGAAGGUGUAGUAGUUGUUGAAUAAAAAUGUUAAAUACA